CAACUUGAUGUUUGAUUCAGUCGUCUACAGUGGUGUCUGACAAGUCUAUCCCCAGGGAUACUACGUUAUGCAAGCUCUCUACCACUGCACGAUCACUCUGAUAAAGGCAUCUAUCCUCUUCCUAUAUCUGCGACUCUUCCCUUUCGAAUGGUUUAGAAUCGCACUAUGGGGAACGCAAGUCUUCAAUCUGGUAAUCGGUGUGUUGUUCCUUCUCCUCGGUAUCUUCCAGUGUAAUCCUGUCCACCUUGCUUGGACAGUAUGGAAACAUGACUCCAGAAGUCAGGGAACGUGCAUGAGUAUCGUCAACAUCGGGAUAGCCCAUGGGGCCAUCCAAGUUGGACUGGAUAUCUGGAUGAUCGCGCUACCUCUGCUGCAGGUUCAAAGCCUGAAUCUAAAGUGGGAGAAAAAGUCUAGCCUGGUGGUAAUGUUCAGCCUAGGUCUCUUUCUUACAGCUACCAGCUCAGUCCGACUGAAACUCCUCACCGACUACCAUCAAGGAACCGACAACUUUACGGUGAACUCGCUACCAGUCGCUACAUGGUCGGUAAUCGAGAUAGGCGUAGGUAUUUUUACGGCCUGCACGCCCAGCAUUCGACAGUUCUUCAGAAUCUUCAUUUUAAGACGACGUGAUGGAAGAGCCAGCUUGCACUCGGACUCCAGCCCUGGCAGGGCUUCUAGAGGCACCGUUGAGGAGGUUCCCUAAGCAACAUUGUAGAUGCAGGUGAACAAAAGCAUCUGGACGAUGGUCUACGAUAAGAUUUCUACGUACCAUCAUUCAUCGAGAACCCCGUAAAAUCAUCAAUCGAGGAUUUGUUGUUUAUUUU